CUGCAAUAUCCACGGCAUCAUGGUUUUGAAUAAUUGGGGGAAUCAUUUUGAAAUAAAUACUUUUAUUGCAGGUACUUGGUUAUAACACGAAACAUAACUCAUUCAACAUUUUAUAGUUUUGAUGAUCGGUUGAAAUGGAAAUAAAGCACGUUGAAUCAACAUUUCAAACAACUAUGGAACUAGUUGAUAAUGAAAAAGUAAACAACUUUAGCGAAGGAUUUUCAAGGAUACUCAUUAUUUAAUACUGAAGGAGUGGCUUUUUGCGAAGUGUUUUUUGUGGGUGUUUCUGAAGAAGAGUACUUCAAAUUGAGUUCUUACAAUACUAUAAUGGUAUGCAAAUAAGAAUCUGUAGAGUUCAAGGAUAAUAGAGGCCCAAGAACUUCCAAAGAAAUUCUCGUAUCGAAAAGUUAUGUAGAAUCUGAGAUAUGUCCUCAGAGGUGAAGAAUGCAAAGAUAUGUUCUUCUCCUGCUGUUCUUUCGAGUGGUGGCAACUAUAAAUACUUGCACAUCCCCCUUUUGCCCACCUGUUUUGGAAAAACGAAAAAUCACCAUAGAACGGGAGCUACCCUUGAAAUUCAUUGGCAGAGAUGAAGCAAGUGGGUGUAAUUGCGCUGAAGCACCGAACGUUUACAGCCUCUGCUAUAACAUAAACAGCAAGAUGGCACCGUGCUCUAAAUUCCCGAAGGAUAUGACAAUCUCUACCAAAACUUUGAUACUGAAAACUACCCAUAUCACAGAACUGGUAUACGGGGAUUUUUUCAAGAUGGUUCAUUUGGAAAUGUUAACCAUAGACAAUAACCAGUACCUAUCCAGAGUUCAACCGUACAUUUUCCAGAAUAUGACGAACCUAACUUCUUUGAGUUUCAUAUCUAACCCACUGCUGACUACAUUCCACGAAGAUACAUUUCAAGGACUUGUGAACCUGCAAGAACUGAAUCUUGUCAAGAAUGGAUUCCAGGAAAUCAAGGUGCUUGCUUCAGCAAUGAAACCCGAAGUUCUCCCAAGCCUUCUGAGGAUCAAUUUGAACGAAAACGUCUUUCAGAACAUUACAGAAAACGAUUUUGAAACCAUGGAGGCUAGUAAGCUAGACGAACUCAACCUAAUAGCUUGCGCAAUUGAGUAUAUCCAUCCCAAGGCUUUGAAGCCUCUGAAACACCUAUCAAUACUACGUUUGGGGAGUAACAGAUUCGACGUGGAAACUUUACUGGACCUUUUGAUAGCUACAAUCGAUAUUGGAAUAGAUUUAAAGGUGCUAGAUUUGUAUUUAUCUGGUCUGAGAGGUUCCCUACCAUCAUCUGUUCUGGAAGUCAUCGCAAAAUCGAACAUCUCUUCCUUGAUACUCAAGAGGAACCAAUUUGAUAUACUCGAAACCAAAUUGUUUCCCGUUUACAUGCCAAACUUGACCAUGCUAGAUUUAACAGACGUAUCAGCACAAACGAUCCACGAUCAAGCUUUCUCCAAAUUACCCAACCUCAAAACAUUAGUCUUAGCCAAAAACAGGCUAUCAUACUUCUCAGCCUCCAAACACCUCUCGAAUUUAACCUACCUGGACCUUCAAAAGAACACAGAUUCUUACGGGUGGGAGUUUUCCCUGGCUAAAAGUGAGUUCUACAGGAUGAAACUUCAGUACCUCGACUUACAGUUCACCAGGUUAUUAGUGUUGACCAAGACAGACUUUGGACAGAUGCCCCAUUUGAGGAUUUUGAAUCUGAAGAAUUGCAGUAUCUUCAAGAUAGAAAACGAUAGUUUCAGAGGAAUGCCAAAACUUCAAUUCUUGAAUUUGGACAACAAUUUGUUCUUCAAAAUGUGGAUCAACCCCAAGAUAGAUUUCGAUAUGUUUGGAGGUCUGGAGAAUCUCCAAGUGCUGAUGAUGGCUGGAAACUCCAUAAGUACACUGCGAACUUCAACUAAACACCUGUUGAAGCACCUCAAAAACCUAAAGCAUUUAGGACUGAAUAGGAAUAGUUUGCAGACCAUAUCCAGGGAAGAUUUUGAUCAUUUGACUUCGUUGGAAGUUUUGGAUAUCUCUGAAAAUCGCAUUUUGAGUUGGGAUGGGAGAGUUUUCCAACAUAUCCAAUUGAAAAAACUUUAUUGUUCAUUCAAUAAGAUCACACGGUUAAGUGACGCGAUGAUUCAAGAUUUUCAAUACCUUAAAUUUGUUCAGAUGGAUUUCAAUUCGUUCAUUUGUGAUUGUUUCAUGAAAGGAAAGACUAGUAGUAACAUAAGUGCGUUGAUCAAAUUUUCUCAGUUGAUAAAAGAUCAACAGAUAUACUGUUUGAGGCCAUACAACAACGAAACUGUCCUUAAUUUUCUUCAAAACAUUAUAAACUCGAAGUUAGACUGUGAUUCUGAAGUGAAUCUUCUAGGAUUCAUUUUACCCCUUUUUGUAAUUCUUGUGAUAUUUUGUAUUGUAGCGAUCGUGAUAUACAUUUAUCGAUGGCAUGUUCGAUAUUGGCUAUUUUUAAUCAGGAUAUACUUGAUCAGAAAGGGAAAAGUGCAAAAUAGUGGUGUUCGAGCUUAUACGAAUUAUCAGUAUGAUGCUUUUGUGUCUUACUGCAACCAGGAUCAAAAUUUCGUGAUUAAACUUGUAAAAAUGUUGGAAAAUAACGAGACACAUUUAAGACUGUGUAUUUACGAAAGAGACUUCCAAGUUGGGAGUUACAUUUCAGAAUCUGUUUUGGAAAAUAUAGCCAAAAGUCGCAAAACAGUUCUUGUUGUAAGUAAUUCUUAUGCUAAGUCUUAUUGGUGUAACUGGGAAUCUCAAAUUGCAGAGCAUCAUAGGCUGUUUUCUAGAGAAAUGAACGAUCUUACUGACGACAGUAUUGUACUGAUUAAACUUGGAAAUAUUGACGACGCACAUUUGAAUCCCACUCUCAAGUAUAUCAUGAAAACAAGAAUUUAUUUAGAAUGGGAUGCUGAUGAAGAAAAACAAGUAGUAUUUUGGAGAAAACUGAGACAGUUUUUGAUGGCGCCAAAGUGUGAUACAGAAAAUACCCGUUUGUAACCUUGCACAUUUCAAAUAAUAAUUUGAAUUCUAGUUCCUAUAAACUUUUUGUUAAUAUUUUCACUUUUCCUCGUCCAUGUUAUUUCAAUUUUUGACAUUAAUUAACAAUUAACGUUU